AAAGGCCCCCCUUGUACGAGUGUCCGCCCCGGGCCAGGGACCUGGCCUGUGGUGUGACACUUUGUCCCCCGCACGGCAGUUAGGAGCGUCGUUGUGGCCACUUCACGGAGGAGGAAACCGGGGGGCGGCGGGGGGGUCACGCCGACCCCCCCGGGUUCUUGAAACUAAACGUCCAAGCGGGGCUGAGCCCGGGUCUCUCUGACCUCAGAGCUUAGGGUCUUGCAGGGCGCCCUGCCCUUCAGUGGCCACCGCAGGGAAUUUCCAAUCUGCCUCUUCACCCCGUGACUUGACAUAAACGUGGUAUUCAUCCUGGUGCUGAGGGCGUGGAGGUGACUUGGAGGCCAGCUGGGGAGCGGGGGCUGAUGCAACGACCUGCCAAUAUUUCCUUUCUGAAAAGGGUUUCGUUGGUCCCCACCCAGCCAUCUCCGAUUGGACAGUCUCAGCGGGGAUGCUGGACGGGAGGCUGUAGUGCUGCUGAGAACCUGGGUGAUUUCUAAGAAACGCCUAGAUGCAAGUUGCCGCAUGGGGGGCGGGACAGGAAACAAAGGGGAAGAAAGUUUCCUUUUAAGGAAACCUUUAAGAGAAAGGGAAAGCCUAUUAAAGAAGACUACUGGCUGCACAGGGCAAUCUGAGCUACUGGAGGCCAGAGUGACCAGUGGGCUGCGGUCUCUCCGGGAGCUGGGAAAGCACGGGUCUUGUUGAUCUCUCCUCUCCGCAACAAUUUUGUCUGGACCACUGAGCACAUCUUCGGGCAGAUACCCUAGGAAGCCAGCCCCGAGGUUCUGGAAAAUGGCGAAUGUGCCGGAUGGCGUGCAGGGCCGUGGCUCCCCGCUGGAGCUGUUCAACAGCAUAGCCUCCCAGGAGGAUGUCGUGAGGUCCCUCAAAGCCACAAAUACGUCACAGGAGGAAAUCGACUCUGCAAUGAAAAUGCUGUUAUCAUUAAAAACGAGCUACAAAGCCGCCACAGGGGAGGAGUACAAGGCCGUCUGCCCUCCAGGGCACCCGGCACCUGCGGGUGAUGGCCCGGGGGCCACAGAGGCCGAAGAGGAUUUUGUGGACCCGUGGACGGUACAGACCAGCAGUGCAAAGGGCGUUGACUAUGACAAGCUCAUUGUUCGGUUCGGAAGCAGUAAAAUUGACAAGGAGCUGAUAAACCGAAUAGAGAGCGCCAUUGGCCAGAGACCCCACCGCUUCCUGCGCAGAGGCAUCUUCUUCUCACACAGGGACAUGAAUCAAGUUCUCGAUGCCUAUGAAAACAAGAAGCCAUUUUACCUGUACACGGGCAGGGGCCCCUCCUCCGAAGCCAUGCACGUCGGCCAUCUCAUCCCGUUCAUCUUCACCAAGUGGCUGCAGGAUGUGUUCAAUGUACCCUUGGUCAUCCAGAUGACGGAUGACGAGAAGUACCUGUGGAAGGACGGUCUGACCCUCGACGACACCCACAGCUAUGCCAUUGAGAACGCUAAGGACAUCAUCGCCUGUGGCUUUGACAUCAAAAAAACUUUCAUAUUCUCUGACCUGGACUAUAUGGGGUCGAGCUCAGACUUCUACAGGAAUGUGGUGAAGAUCCAAAAGCACGUCACCUUCAACCAGGUGAAGGGCAUUUUCGGCUUCACGGACAGUGACAGCAUUGGGAAAAUCAGCUUUCCUGCCAUCCAGGCGGCGCCCUCCUUCAGCAACUCGUUCCCUCAGAUCUUCCAGGGCAGGACGGACAUCCAGUGCCUCAUCCCUUGCGCCAUCGACCAGGAUCCUUACUUUAGAAUGACCAGAGACGUGGCUCCCAGGAUCGGCUACCCUAAGCCAGCCCUGCUGCACUCCACCUUCUUCCCCGCCCUGCAGGGCGCCCAGACCAAAAUGAGUGCCAGCGACCCCAACUCCUCCAUCUUCCUCACAGACACAGCCAAGCAGAUCAAGACAAAGGUCAACAAGCACGCGUUUUCUGGAGGGAGGGACACUGUCGAGGAGCACAGGCAGUUUGGGGGCAACUGCGACGUGGACGUGUCCUUCAUGUACCUGACCUUCUUCCUGGAGGAUGACGACAAGCUGGAGCAGAUCAGGAAGGACUACACCAGCGGGGCCAUGCUCACCGGGGAGCUCAAGAAUACGCUGGUGGAGGUGUUGCAGCCCCUGAUUGCCGAGCACCAGGCCCGGCGCCAGGCCGUCACGGACGACAUCAUCAGGGAGUUCAUGACCCCCCGGAAGCUGUCCUAUCACUUCCAGUGAUGGCCGCCGCGCGAGCCUGCAGGGCCCCCGGCCCCGCCCCGCGCCACCACCGUCCCCCGUGCUGUGGGUCUCGCGUCUGCACCCCUCUGUGUGUCGAUGCCGUCCUGCCCGUCAUCCUCCCUGUCUCUCGGGGCCCUGCGGGCUGGGGGUUGCCGGCUGACACCGCAGGGUCACACAGGCGAGUCCAGCCUGUCUCCCACAAAGCCACCCCCAGGAUGGGGCGCCCUGGGCUGGCUGGCCAGCGGCCAGCCUGUCCUGGUCCCCGCAGCCUUCCAUUGUCCCCAGUGUGCCCUUCAGACCUGCCCUGGCGGGGCGUGCUGUCUGCAUGUCUGGAGUCAAAAUCCGCCCCCACCAGCAGCCCCUCUAACUGUAACCUGGAAGUCGCCUGCAGGAACUCUGCUCUCACCCUGGAUGUUGGCCAGGCUUGGCCAAUUUUUAUUCAGUAGACUCAUGGGUGAAACCCCAGGCCAGGCUUAGAGCCUACUCCGGAAACCACGUGCUUUCCCUGGACAUCCUAGUAAUGUCUCACCGAACCCCAAGCAUCCAGCCUGAGAACAAGCAGCCCGCCCCCCUGGUUGUGCAAGAUGCUGAGGGGAGUCGGUUGCCUCCACAGAUGCUUUUGUGCCAACAUUGGCCGGCGUGGAUGUCUGCCCAGAGCAGGGCCCUGCCCCUCGCCCUGGCUGGCAGGGACGCCCACGUUCCUCGAGGCCCCCAUUGAAUGGUGGCUGGUGUGUAGUUCCAGGAAAGCAGAAUACAUCUCUCGGGAGGCCUGCGUCUGUCCCCUCUGUAGGCACAAGCCCAUCAAGCUCUUACCCCCUGUCAUUGGCAUAAAUAAACGUCCUCAGUCCUGCCUGUGUCGCUGUGCUGUCUGCGGUUUGA